GAAACUACAAGGUGCCAGGUUUUUUAACCCCUUUUUAAUGGGUGUAUAACUACUACAACAAUAACAAUAUCAUUGAGGAUAGUUGUAGUGCAGCCAAACACUUGUCACUUGUAUUUGACUUGCCUUGGCUGGCUGGCUGUUCGUUCGUCCUGUGUCGGUUGGCUGCAAUUGUGCAAAGCCCAUAGCAAAAAGGGAGGAAGAAGAAGAAGAAAGCUGCAAAUCAACAACAUCUAACAAAAUAAAAAAAGAAAUGUGAAGGUCGUCUGUUAACUAUUCCUUUGGCAAUGCGAGAGUGUGUGAGAGUUUGUGUGAGUGCGAGUUUGUGCAUGCGUGUGCUAAUUGUGUUGUUUUUGUUGCAAAUUCUAAUGUGUACUCAACCUAGUAACAUUUGUUUUGUUCGCUCCCUCAGGAGGAGUUGGGAGAUUGCUGAGUGAGACAUUUACUCUCACUCGUUAAAGAGGAACUUCUCUGAUAGGCUGGCUGGCUGGCUGCUUGGCUGACUGACAGGAGUCUGCCUGCCUGUUUCUGUUUGGCACAUAAACACAGCACAGAAAUUAGUUUGACCGAGCUAUUUAGGCCCCAAGAAAAACUGAAAAACUGUGUUACUGGACGACGAUUUAUGUUGGGAGAUGUCGUUUUCUUCUUCCUCCCUAUCAUCUUCGUGAAACGAUUUUAGAACAAACAUAAAAGCCGAUGUACGCAUAACAUAAUUUUGUUAGCCAGCCACCAGGCACGAGGAUAUCUGGCUGGUUGGCUUUGCUGAUAUAUAUUUUUUUUCAUCGUCUCUGAUGUUGGCUCGAUGGCACAGAAAAGAAGAAAAAAAAAAAACAACAACAGCAACAGCAACGAGAAGAACAAACAACUUUGAACAGUUUUAAUGAAAUAACGAUUUUUUGGGGAGAAAAUUUUAACAUCAGUUGCCAAUUGGAACUCGCAUAAGAAGGAUGUCAAAUUUGUGGGAGUGCUAGAGGAAAAUAUUUUUUUGGCUUGAUUGUGUGUAUGUACGGUUGAUUGGAUGUUUGGAAAAAAUAAAGAUAAAACACCAAGAGAAAAUAUACGAUUUUAAGGAAUUUUAAAAACCAAAAGCUUAGCAGGAAAAAACCAUCAUCAUGGAAACAUGUCGCACUUGUGCCAAGUGUGAUUUUGAUAAUACCACACAAUGGCUCGAUUUAUUCAAUGUCCAGCACUGGAAACCCGAAACAGAGCGUAUACACAUUGUCCUAAGUAGCUGGAAAAUUAAGAUAUCCUGCAACGAUGGUCUGCCCCAAAAAAUAUGUUCCGAUUGUUUUUCGAAAUUUUGCACAGUAGCCGAGUUUCGUUUACAGUGCCUAGAGGCUCAACAAAUCUUAAGCAAUAUAUUUGAUAAAAUCGAUACCCAGAGUAUGCACGAUGGGGAUGGAGGGGGAGGUGGAGCACAUGAAGCUGUUGUUUUCGAGAGCUUUGAACAACGGCACUCCAUUGAAGUGGAUAACAAGGAUGAUUUAACUACCACAAUAUCCCCAAAAAGUGUUACAAAUACUGCAUUAGAAUCGACAACAGCAACAACAGCACAAGCACCACCACCAGUCAUGGCAACCAUUGUUGUUACUCCAGUUACGCCAGGCAUGGAGAAGAAUUUACUCAAAACCUGCAGCAACAAUAAUAGUACUAGUAGUAGUAUUAGCAAUAAUAUUGUUCACACCGAGCCCUUGGACAACAUUUUACAUAUAGCCACGGAUGCUGGCAGCAACAACAACACCGAGGUUUCAUUUAGACCGUUAGCAAUAACAACAAAUACCAAUGACACUGCCGUUAUAAUAAACGAAAAUGAUAAAACCAAUUGCUGUCCCAACGACGACUUCUUAGACGAUACACAAAGCACUUCCAUAACGACUAACAACAGCUGCAACAACCAUGAAAUAAUUACCGAAGAUACCAACGAUUUAGACGAAAAUGAUCUCAUUGAAGAACUUAUCGACGAAUUAGAUGUUAUCGAUGACAGAGAGGGGGAUAUCGAUGGAAGCAUUAUUAUGAAUCAGCAGGAUCACAAUCAAAAUAAUAUCUAUGGCAAUGGAAUGGAACACCAGUUUUUGGUGGCAAAUGAUCACAACAAUGAAGGGCUGCAUAUAGAUGACGAGGUCGGGGAAGACAACGUUGAUUACAAUGCCGAUAAUUUAAAUAUAACCUUUGAAUGUAAAUACUGUUACAAAUGGAAGAAUAGCUCCAGUGAACAUUUCCAAACUCAGCGUGAGCUUUUGGCGCACAUUGCCGAAUUUCAUGGUUCGCAUAAUACACCAUACAAUUGUCCCUAUUGUGAGGAAUGUUUUAUGGAUGCCGCCUCACGUACGACACACUUAAAGGAGUCACAUAGCCAGAAACUACAUUCGUGUACUGUGUGUGGCAAAAAAUAUGCCGAUAAAUUUAAUUUACGCAAUCACGUUGAGAAAUAUCACAGCGGUACCGAUUUCGAUUGUACCCUGUGUGCCAAGAGUUUUUGUUCCAGUAAAAGCCUUAAUUAUCACAUGAAAUGGCAUAAUCCCGAGGAACAAUUGAAAUGUAGUUACUGUGAUCGUUUGUUUAUCAAUCAGCGACACUUGAAGGUGCACGAGGAGACACAUACGGGGUUCCGCAGUCAAGAGGUGUGCUCGUUUUGUGGUAAAUAUUUCUUCCAUUUGAAAACCUUACGAUGGCAUAUAUUUCGACAACAUGGCGGAGAGAAGCCUUACAAGUGUGGCAGAUGUCCCGAAGUCUUCACCUCAUACUUUGAAAAACGCCUCCACAUGCUCGAAUACCAUUUGGACAAUUUGACAUUGAUAGAAAAAACCGAAUGUAUGUUAUGUCGUAAACGUUAUGAAAAUGAACUAAUACUCAAGGAUCAUAUGUUGGAGGAUCACAAGGAGAAUAAGGGCGCCGUAAAAAUAGCAAAUAAUAAACGUAUUAUUAUGAAUAAGAAACCGAAAAGCUUUACCGGUCUGUUCCACUGUGAGAAAUGUGAUAAACGUUUCAAUAUGAAAUCGGCCUUGGAACGGCAUAUGGCUGUGCAUUCGAUAGAGGGAAGACCCCAUGCCUGUCCCCAGUGCCCGAAACGUUUUAAACGUUCCCAGGACAUGAAAUGGCAUUUGAAAACGCAUUCUUCCGAAAAACCAAAUAUAUGUGAUAUUUGUGGCAAAGGUUUUGCUUUAAAAUAUGUCCUAACCCAACAUCGUAGAAGUCAUGAGGUUCUAGAAAAGAAUUUCACCUGCACCACAUGUGGUCGAUCAUAUCUCUUUGAAAAAUCAUUGCGUUUACACGAACGCAUACACAGCGGUAAGACCUAUUAUAAAUGCGAUUUGUGCAGUGAAAGUUUUGUGACUCAUAUUAAGUUUAAAUGGCACAUGAAAAAGAUGCACGACGAAGAGGAAGUGGCUGCAAAUACAAAUCUAAAUACCAAUUUUAAUAAUAAAAAUAAUAUCAAUAAUAAUAAAAAGAACACAGAGCUGCCGUUGGAUGACUUGGUAAAUAUUGUGAUCACUUAGCAAUAAAUUUAUUAGACAAUAUAUAUUAUUUUUGUUUUCGAAAAAAAAAACAAAACAAAAACACAAUUUUUGUGAAACAUAACCUUACAAAAACAUAUAUAGCACAAAUGACCAUUAGUUUUAAAGGUGAACAAGAAAAGUUAUAUUUGACAACAAAAAAAUAUGUAGCGGUAGUAGAAGCAAUUACAAUGCUCAAAAUAAAUUUAAAAUAUAAAAAAUGCAUUUAUUUUAAACGAGAAGAAUAAAUUAUAUAUUUUAAUUAAAGAAAUAUUAAUUAAGUUACCUUUAUGACAAAUGAUGUGUAUUACUAGUAGUUGAGCCAAAGGCUUUUAAAAUGAAACCGAAACCAAAUAUUAAAUUUACCUUCACUAAAUAAAACAAAAUCCUAACAUUUAUUCCUUUUUAAAAGUCCUUUUUAGGAGAAUUUUAUUUUCCAUUAAGCAACUUUUUUAUAAUUACUUAAAUUUAUUUUAUAUUUUAAAUAAUUUUUGUAUUAAAAACUAAUCCAACUUUUAACCAUAUAUGCUAAAUGUUAUACUUUAAAU